UACAAAGAUGCGGUGUGAAGACCCCUUUGAUUCCAUUGAUGACUUGCUUGACUUCCAAAACUACGAUGAUUUGCUUGAAAUGGUGGAUGGUUGUGGCAAUGGAGGUUCGGUGGCUCCCCUGCAAGCUCCGGCGAUCACCGGAGGGAUUCAUGGCCGUCCGGCUGCCAUCACCGACGAGCAGAUUAGCUCAGAAGAUGAUGCGCUAAGCAUGUGCAAUGAUGCUGAAAUUAUAAAUUCAGAUUGGCUCUCCAACUUUUUAGAAGACUCUGAACUCAACUUCUUCAAUGCUAUAGAAUUUGGAUUACAAAGUCCAAUCUCUGUUCUUGAGACCAAUAUAGCCUCCACUUCCUCUACUCCGAAUCCGCACAUGACCCGGACCCGAACCAAGCGACCACGGGCGCAAGUCACCCAUCCCAUAUCACCCUCGUUGACCCGUUGGGCACCUGAGCCCGAAACCAUGGGAAAGAGAAGGAAGAGCAAUGUGGUUGAUUUUAACAUGGCGAGAAAGUGUAUGCAUUGUGAGAGUCGAAAAACUCCACAAUGGCGGGCUGGGCCAAUGGGACCAAAGACGUUAUGCAAUGCUUGCGGUGUUCGAUACAAGUCUGGUCGACUUUUCCCCGAAUACCGACCCGCAGAGAGCCCAAGUUUUGUCCCUUCUAUUCAUUCUAAUUCUCAUAAGAAGGUGGUGGAGAUGAGACGACUAAGGGCUAAUUUGAGUUCAUCGGAAGAUAACGUCCGGGCAAAGAAUUGUGACUUGCUCAACUACAUUAGAAAUAAGUAAAUGCAGCUACUUUGAGUUCAAUGCCUUUUUUAUUACGAUAGAUCUCAAAACUUUUAGAUUUACUUUGAGAUGAAUUUCGUAUAAAUUGCUAUUAAUUUUUUAUGUAUUACAUUCAUCUCAAAAUAUAUCUAAUAAGUUCAAGAUCAAUCGUGAUCAAAAUAUUUUGAUCUUUUUUUUUUCAAAUAUAUUAUAGCAAUAAGGGUGAGUAAGGGAGAGAAAUGAACAAAUAUAAGCUAUAGUUUAGGUAGUUUAUUGAGAGGAGGAGAAUGUAUUAGUUAAUGUAAU